AGCACGUCUUUUUACGCGAAUUUCCCAUUUGACAAAAUUAGCUGUACAAAAAGCAAAGCAAGAACACGCUUGCUCCAAAAAUCAAAUCUUUAUUAUGCCAUCGAGAGCUUCACUGUUGAUCUGCAAAUCCAUUUUGCUCAGGGAGGAAAAAGAUGAAGUUUGGAAAAGAGUUUGUGUCCCAAAUGGUGCCAGAAUGGCAAGAGGCUUACAUGGACUACAACUCUCUCAAGCUUCUCUUGAAAGACAUCUUGUGUUUUAGGCAGUGCAACAAAGUAACAACACCAAUGGCAUCAACUCCUGAAGGGUCAUCGUUGAAGAGAAGGGUGUCUCUCUACAGAGCUUUUAGUGGGCUAACAAGCCGGCAUCGAGGCUCUCCGAAGAAGAAAGAGGAUGAAGAGAUUCUUGUUAGUGAAGAAGGGGCAGAAAGGCAGUGGCAGACAAUGUUUUUGAUGUCCUCUGAUGAAGGAGGAGACAUUGAGGUUGUGUUUUUUAAGAGGCUUGAUGAGGAGUUUAAUAAAGUCAUCAACUUCUACAAGAAGAAAGUUGGGGAAGUGGUGGAUGAGGCAGAGGAGUUGAGCAGACAGAUGGAUGCUUUAAUUGCUCUUAGGCUGAAGGUUGAGAAUCCACUGGUGGAACUGGGAGGAACUGAUGUGAUAGACAGGGGAAGCAAUGGGGUUUCCUCGCAAUCAACUGUUCAUCCCACUAGUGGCAGAAGGCCAGGAGGGCCUCAGAUGGAUGUGAUUCCAGAAGUUGAGAUGAGCAAUGAAGGAGAAAUGGAAGAUGAAGAGAGAGGAAGCAAAGAAUCAAAAACCAGUGACCAGAAAGGCAAUGGAAGCACGGCGGAUAUUAAGGGAUUUAAACCACCUUCACUAGAGAUCCUGGAUCAUGUAAAGAUCAAUGUGACACCUGAAACUCCGAUAUCAACAGUGAAAGGCAUCCUCAAGAGUUCAAAACCAGACUUAUCAUUCAGCAAGAAAGAGUUGAGGAAAGCAGAAGAGCAAAUGACAGAGGCUUUUAAUGAGUUCUACCAAAAGCUUCGGCUUAUAAAAAGUUACUGUUUCCUGAAUCAAUUGGCUUUUUCAAAGAUCAUGAAGAAAUAUGACAAGAUCUCUUCAAGGAAUGCAUCAAAGGCUUACUUGAAUAUGGUGGAUAAUUCUUAUCUCGGAAGCUGUGAUGAAGUUACUAGGAUCAUGGAAAGGGUGGAGGCUACCUUCAUAAAGCACUUUACAAAUGGAAAUCGCAGAGAAGGAAUGAAGACAUUAAGACCAAGAGCCAGAAGGGAAAAGCAUAGAAGUACAUUUUUUUUGGGGUUGUUCUCUGGGGUCUCAAUUGCACUUGUAGUAGCCAUCAUUGUGCUUAUACAUGCAAGAAAUAUCUUUAGGAGUGAAGGGCGUGGUCAGUACAUGGAAAACAUAUUUCCUCUAUACAGCUUGUUUGGAUUCAUGGUCCUACAUAUGCUCAUGUUCUCAGCAAACAUAUACUAUUGGAGGCGAUACCGAGUAAAUUAUCCAUUUAUUUUUGGCUUCCAGCAAGGGGCAGAGCUGGGUUACAGACAGUUUUUCCUUCUCAGUUCGGGUCUUGCAAUUCUCGCCUUGGCUGGUGUCCUCUCAAAUUUGGAUAUGGAGAUGGACCCAAGUACAAAAAGCUUCAGAGCUUUAACUGAGUUAGUCCCUUUGGGCCUAGUCACUGUUGUGCUUCUUAUAAUGUUUUGUCCUUUCAACAUAAUAUAUCGUUCCAGUCGAUUUUUCCUCCUCCAAUGUAUAUUCCAUUGCCUUUGUGCUCCACUUUAUAAGGUUUCCCUCCCAGAUUUUUUCUUGGCAGAUCAGCUUACUAGCCAGGUUCAAGCCUUCAGGAGUUUGGAAUUCUAUGUUUGCUAUUAUGGUUGGGGGGACUUCAAAAAAAGAUCACACAACUGCCUCGACAGCCGUGUAUAUAGAUCUUUCUACUUCAUUGUAGCAAUUAUUCCUUAUUGGAUCCGUUCCCUUCAGUGCCUUCGACGCUUGAUAGAAGAGAAAGAUGGAAUGCAAGGGUUAAAUGGGCUGAAAUACUUUUCAACAAUUCUUGCAGUAGCCAUGAGAACAAGUUUUGAUAUGAAAAAGGGGAUGACGUGGAAGGUCCUUGCCAUAACUAGUUCAGCUGUGGCAACAAUUGUUAGUACAUAUUGGGAUAUAGUCAUAGAUUGGGGUCUUUUGCGCCGGAAUUCUAGAAACCCCUGGCUUAGAGAUAAACUCCUCAUAUCAAACAAAAGUGUUUAUUUUAUAGCCAUGGUGUUGAAUGUUAUACUGAGACUCGCUUGGAUGCAAUCAGUAUUAGGAAUUAAAGAAGUGCCUUUCGUCCACAGAACAGCCUUAGUUGCAAUAGUUGCCUGUUUAGAAAUUAUUCGUCGUGGCAUUUGGAAUUUCUUUCGGUUGGAGAAUGAGCACUUGAACAAUGUGGGAAAGUUUCGGGCAUUCAAGUCUGUACCCCUACCUUUCAACUAUGACUGUGAUGAGAGCAAGAGCAGAUAAACCUGUAUUCCAUGGACAAAAGAUGGCAGGAAAAAUGAAAGUUAUAGCUUCCUUUUUUUUUUUUUUGCAAAGUAAAAAUUCAACAGUAGGUAGAGGAAUGAGCAGGGUUACGAAUGUCAUGAGAAUCAGAGCAAACUUGUUGAUAUUCAUGACAUAUUAGUGUUCAUGUGCUAAUUGUUCUCUUGAUUUUUGUUUGAAAGAGAGAACAAAAGGGAAAAAUCGAAGAGUCGUACUCAAGAAUCGUGAUGCCAAAGUGUUGAAUACGACUAGAAGUAGAAUCUACAACUGGAAGUUAUUGAAAUUGAAGUGAAAUUACCCUAUGUUGCUGGUUGAUGUUCGUUCUAUUAAGUGUUAAAAGUAUUUUCUACUUUAA